CAUAAGCUGAGUACGUGGCAGAGGUAUGUUCCUGUGGAGCCCCUCGCGAGAUUAGGUUUCGGUGGGAUCUAAUCGUUCGACUGCUCCCUUUUACAGCUGCAUGCCGUGCUGCCUCGCUGCAUAUCUCAGCCUUCUCCACUGUCGCGUUGGACUUCACUUGUGUGCAUUACUCUGCCGGAGACGUUAACUCGUUGAUCCGGCCAAUCACGGACUGAGCCUCUUCUCCUCUGUCUCGUCCUUGUCUGCCCGUCGCGAGCUCCAUAGUCGAACUCGUCUCUUAAACGGGCCCCCUUCCGACCCCUUGUCUCCUACCAGUUCGCCCGUUUCGAGCCCAUGGUCCUGGCUUCGUUCCCAGCCACAGUCACUCUUUUCCAUUAGUUCUUCACCACACUCAUUAAUAUCCUAAUACCCUUAAUUCCUUGGGGUAGCGGCUCACUCUUUCGACGCGCGCCCGGACUCCUUCUUUAUUGAACCUGUCCGUCUCCGACCUCAAGCUUCCUGGGGAACUUUGUCAGUCACUCUUUUGACGUCUUACCCGCGGCGCCUCCGAGCCACCUUAAUCACUCCUACCGGAACUCGACAAGCCUCGACUGCACAGUUUCCUUGGCCGACUUGGUUCAUCAUGGAGUUCGCCCACGCCGACGAGACCUUCUUCAUCGAGUCCGAUGACCAGCCUCGCCAGCCAUGCAUUGACGCCCGGGCUGCCGCCAAGAUGAUUGCCCGUCAAAGACAAGACGUCAUUGGCAGCGAGCUGUCUCGCCAGGCAGCCGACGACUACCUCGACGACAUCCUAAAGCACAUGCAGACGAUGGAGGAUGAGACACUACCCGAUGCCACCCUCAUCGACAUGCAGCGAGAGAUCCAAUGGUACAUGCGACCGUACCUGAUCGACUUCCUCGUCGAGGCCCACGCCGCCUUCUGCCUUCUUCCUGACACAUUGUUCCUCACCGUGAACCUGCUGGACCGGUACUGCUCGCGGCGAGUCGUCUACAAGCAUCACUACCAGUUGGUCGGCUGCGCCGCCUUGCUGAUCGCCGCCAAGUACGGUGACAAGAAGGACCGGGUUCCGCAAAUAUCGGAGCUUGCCAACAUGUGCUGUGGCCUCUAUGAUGCUGGCAUGUUUACACAGAUGGAGAUGCACGUUCUCAACACCCUCGAGUGGACCAUCGGCCAUCCCACCGUGGACUUCUUCUCACAGCUGCUGGUGGCUUACGAGCAUGACGACAAGGAGGUGGAUUGCAUGUCGUCGUAUCUCAGCGAGAUCGCGCUGUACCACCGGGACUUCGUCUCUGUCAAGCCCUCGACCAUGGCCCGCGCGUCGCUAGCCGUGGCCCGCGCAGUCUUGGGUCGACCAGAGGCGAUGGACAGGGAGAUGGACCACGAUGAGACCACUGUGGCGGAGCUCAUUUCGGAGUACCUGGAGCAGCCAUCGCCGACGCUUGCACGCAAGUACGCGAACCCGAACGCUUACCGGGUCUCGCAUCGGCUGGCCGAGUUCGUGGCGGCACGGGCGGCUGCCAUCGCCCAGGCUCAGCGGGCGGCGAAUCCGCCGUCUCCCCCGGCCGAGAUCCUCUCGAAGGAGUCCAACAUCUACAGCACGCCGCACAAGCCGCACGUCCCCAACCCCUACGAAGGCUACCUUACUCCCCCCAUCACACCCGACGGCGUCAAUUUUGGCAACGUAGCCAAAGACUCAUACCCGAUGCCACGAUGCCCGGUUACACCCACGCCGCAGCAACACCACGCGUCCGGGUACGCGCAACACGCACGACACGUGGGAAUGCCGAACCAACAAAGCUUUCAUCAACAAUAGAGUGGUUGGUGGAUGUCUCCCUACUGGUCGACAUUUACGUGGUGGCCACCGCACAUGGUGCCGAGAUCGAGCGUUCUCGCGCUGUGGGGAUGGGCUCAGAGGGCGACUUGGACGGCCAUCAACGAGCCGAUCCCCGACAUAGACCUGGCGGAAGCUGCUCACCGCCACCGCGUCUACUCGCUCGGAUAUAAUCUGGUCAUUCGCAUGCAUCAGAGAGCUUACACAUUUCCUCGACGUUUUGGCAUUUAGCGACUGCUUUUCAUCGUCUUUUGUCUGCGAAAAAUCGAAAGUUUCCAACUCAGCAAGUCUUUUCGGCACCAAAAAAAAGAAUUUGUGGCACAACCGAUCAUACCCCCUUUUCUUUUUCCUUUCCCACUUUUCACUUUGCAUGCGACGUUGGGGAUACCAGGUCUUGCAUACACGGCCACUCGGCUUAUGCGCGGCGGGUUUCCGGGACGCGGCAGCCCUAGCUAGGGGCGCCGUGUGACGUGAAGGGCAUAGACGGCCCGCGAGAGGAAGGAAACUAUUUCUUGGCCAGCCUUGAGACAUUACAAGGAACAUUGAGAUUGCAAAGUGGCCCUUGGGGUGUCGUGGUCGUGUGGACGGAAUGUCCGCCUUGAAGAGCGACGAAAAAAAUGCGACGGAGGGGGGAGACGAUAGGCCUGGCUCCCCGGACUUGAAGACGGUGGCAGGGGGCGCGCCCUGUGAGCACGGGGCAUUUUCUGUACAAUUCUUUUGCGCUGCGUGAGGGCGGCAGGCGAAACAUCGCCAUGCGAGGCCAAGGAGCAGUGAGGGACACGGGAACCCACGCAGCUUUUGCUGGUGGUAGUACGACCUCGCGAUACCAUGCUGUUGGCCGCCGAAGGCUGUCGACAGGGACAAGACAGAAGUACAAAGAAGAAAUUUGUCAAAUAUCCG